GUGGUGUUUGUGCAUCAUUUAUUCAAUUUGAUAAUACUGAAAAAGCUCAAAUGAGCAAAAGACUUCUCCAAGGACUUAGAACUGGUGAAUUUGUUUAUCCCCUCAUGGUUAUAAGUAAACCCAACGUCUGGCUAGUGGUGCAGAAAAUAGAUUCCACGUUAGACCAAUUUAAAAAGAAAAAUACUGGGAUUUGGUCUUGUUAUCAAUUGGAUGAAAAGUACAAGAUCAUUGUAAGGGACCUUAUUGCUGGUGUUAUUCAAUUAGUGAAUCAAAGAUACAUGGGAGAACUAAAGAUUCAAGACAUUGCUAUUAUUAAUGGUCGUGCCAAAUUGAUGAGAAUCUCAAAUGAACUUGGAGUGAGUAAGCUAAGGGACCAACUACAAAAUCUAUUAGAAGACUUAUUGGGAAAUGAUCCUAACAAUAAGGAGUUGAUCGAUUUCUACUCUCAUUUGAAAACAAUGCAAAUGUGCAAACUUAUUCAUUUGAGAGAUCAUCCGAUGCUGUUGACAUCUCAAGAGAGACUUCAAUUCCCAGUAUUAUCACUUGUGUCGCUUAAUUAUGAGAAAAAGACGUCAGAUUGGAAAGGUAAAUGUGAUGAUCUAUAUAGAGCUGAAGAAGUUAACAAAGCGCAAAGACUAGAGGAAGAUCCAGAAUAUAAGGUGGUGUACGAGUACAAAAUUUACCAAAAGAGAAAAGUUAAAUUAGUUAAUUACAUAGCAUCAAAAGCUGAGAAAGAUCAAGCAUAUAAGAAGGUGUACGAGUACAGAAGUUACUCAAAUAAUGCAUCGAGCCAGAUUUAUUUCUCUCGAAAUGUCAUAAUACACAUUAAUGAUGAUGGGCAAUGUAAAACUAGUGAGCAAGUUGAGAAAGAGUUGAAUGAUUACUUCCCAGAUUUGUGGAUGAGAUUGUUCUCACUUAUAAUUGAUGAAGGAAUAGAUGUUUGGGAUCAACACAAUGAGAAGUAUGGAGGAGAUCUACUCAGCCAUUGGAGAGCUACUUUGAAGCUUUGCAUCCUGGAAAAAGAUGAUUUGGCAACAGAUCAUUUCUUGAAAAUUUGCAGAUCAUUUCUUUCUCUUAUAGAUAUGAAGGCUGAUAAAAGUGAAGCCAUUUCAAGUCUUGUGACCAUGAUCAAGGACCAAAUUCUUACAGUGGAAUCAAAGUUUCUACAAGAUCAAUCCAAAUACAGAAAAUUGGAGUGGAUAUUCAAAGAUGACUAUGUUUGCAGCACCUCUACAAAUUGCAUCAAUUUUUUAAUGAGGUUUUUAAAGUUCAUAGCACUUUUUCUAGACAAUUAUGCUCUGAAUGCUGAUGGUGAUGUAAAAGGAAUGUUUGAAACUGCCUAUAGAAGCUUAUUAAAGGCCCAUCCAGACUUGAAAAGUCUAAAGAAACACAGUAAUUUACUUGAAAGUGUUCCUAGGAAUGAAGAAUUCAAGUCAUUGCUAGGCAAUCCUAAAAACAUCAAAGAUUGUGGGAAAAGUGUAGCAGAAUCCCUUAUGAUUUUGCCAAAUCGUUGGCAUAAGUUAUCGUUUUUCUGA